AUGAAGUUGUGGAUCAAGCAACAUCAAGAUACUCUCAGGUACGCGAAUGAAAUCAAUUCUAUUAUAGCCAUCCUUGUGGUGAAGUCCACAAUUGCUGUCGCGCUCAAUAUGAUCAUAUGUGGUCUCGUAAUCGUACGUUCCACAUACUUCCCUAAUAUUUCACCUUUCCAGAGCAAGAAUUUCAUAGAACUGAUCAAAUUCUUCACACUCACAAUAUUUUCCGUGUUGAGGUUCGUUAUCUGCAGCUGGGUGGCCGACACGAUGAGCGAGAACGCUAACGGCAUCGCCUGGAAGAUAUACGAUUCCCCAUGGACCUACAGCAGCCCAAGAAUACGUAGAAUGGCUCUGUUGAUUAUAGCGAGGUGUCAGAAACCCGUGGCAAUUCACGCGACUGGAUUUUUAUCAUCGUGGAAUUUGAAAUUUUGUGCUCAGGUUUUGUACACGAACGCCACCUAUCUGAUGACGUUGAGGGCGGUCGUACGCGAAUGA